UUUUUGAGCAACGGUAGGGCCCGAGCUUUCAUGCAUAUAAACCCAUUCCCUCACCUCCCUUCCCAUACACAAACACCAUCUUCUCUCAGACACAAUACAAACAAAACGCACAACCAAUACUACGCCAAGCCAGCAACUUGGGGUUCUCAUAUCAUAUCCUCCAACCUCUUAAUAUCUCUUUAUCGUUUCUACGUUUAUUCCCUUUUAUCCACACUUAGCGAGUCAUGUUCAAUCCCAAGCAGCCAUCUUCUUCGUGUCCAGCACAAACCCAUCAUCUCAUAACUAGCCACAAGAUCAUGGAUCCUCCUGAUGAGCUUCACAGAUGGCCAACUCUUACUCAGGUGGUGUCAGAAAUAAAAGCCAUAGGGAAGAUAUCAGGCCCAACAGCCAUAACUGGUUUGCUUAUGUACUCGAGGGCUAUGAUAUCUAUGCUUUUCCUCGGCUAUCUAGGCGAGAUGGAGCUCGCAGGAGGCUCUCUCUCUAUAGGUUUCGCCAACAUCACUGGCUACUCUGUCAUCUCUGGAUUGGCAAUGGGAAUGGAACCCAUUUGUGGACAGGCUUACGGCGCUAAGCAAGGCAAGCUCCUCGGCCUCACCCUCCAAAGAACCGUCCUCCUCCUCCUCUCCGCUUGCAUCCCUAUCUCCUUCAUGUGGCUCAACAUAAAGUCCAUCCUCUUGUGGUGUGGUCAAGAUGAGGCCAUAUCCUCAAUCGCACAAAGUUUCAUUUCUUUCUCCAUUCCUGACCUCUUCUUUCUUUCCCUUCUCCACCCUCUCCGAGUCUUUCUCAGAACCCAGAGCAUCACUUGGCCCUUGACUUAUUGCUCGGCCGUCUCUGUUCUCCUGCACGUCCCGUUAAAUUUCCUCUUGGUUGUUCACUUCAAGAUGGGCAUUGCUGGUGUGGCCAUAGCCAUGGCCUGGACCAACCUUAAUCUCUUCCUUUUCAUCUGUUCCUUUGUCUACUUCUCCAAUGUUUGCAAGGACUCGUGGGUCCCUCUGAGCAUUGACUGUCUCAAGGGCUGGUCUUCUAUUCUUGCUCUGGCGGUGCCGACCUGUGUCUCUGUGUGUCUCGAAUGGUGGUGGUACGAGCUCAUGAUAAUGCUGUGCGGCCUCCUGGGCAACCCCAAAGCCACCAUUGCAUCCAUGGGAAUUCUGAUCCAAACAACAUCUCUAGUCUAUGUCUUCCCAUCAUCCUUAAGCCUCGGCGUUUCCACGAGAGUGGGAAACGAGCUCGGCGCGAAUCGCCCGGGAAAAGCCCGCAUUUCCAUGAUCGUCUCACUCUUCUGCGCCGUUGGCUUGGGCCUGGGGGCCAUGGGCUUCGCCACCGUAAUGAGGCAUCAGUGGGGGAGAUUCUUCACCGGCGACGAAGAAAUCCUGAAGCUCACCGCCAUCGCAUUGCCUAUUGCCGGCCUCUGCGAGCUAGGAAACUGCCCACAGACCAUCGGGUGUGGAGUUCUGAGAGGCAGCGCCAGACCCACCAUUGGAGCUAACAUCAAUUUGGGUUCGUUUUACCUGGUGGGCAUGCCGGUGGCGAUCCUUUUAGGGUUCAUCCGAAAGCUGGGUUUUGCCGGGCUGUGGCUCGGGUUGCUUGCCGCUCAAGCCUCGUGUGCCUGCCUCAUGCUGAUUGUUCUUUGCAGAACAGAUUGGAAUGUGCUCGCAGAAAGAGCAAGAGAGCUAACUUCAACUGAUGCUGGUGCCAAGUCUGGCUCAUUGCCUACGUUCACAAAAACAGAGUGUAACAGAAAGGAUUCACUUAAAGACAUAGUGAUCAGUGAUCCAGCCUCUCUUGAAUCACAACCCCUCAUCAUGCCCGUUGCCCAACCUUCAACAUGAAGCGAUUUAAUCGAUUCACCGUCAUGGUUUUUUACUCCUGUAUCCCCCCAUUCUUCUAUUUCCACGAGCGAGAUUGAAAUGAGCCUAUUUAUUUAUUGGAUUGUAUUGUACAAUAUAAUCAUUUUCUUCCUCACUUAUGCUACCAUGAUUAUCUUUUGUAUUUGAUUAGACUUGCUUAUAGUUUAAAAAUAUAGUUUUUUGGCUAAUUAAAAAUAUGAUAAAUUAA